CUCCCAGGUCAGCUGGUGUGUUUCCUAGUCCAGGGUCCUUACUGACACUGUUACCCUGGGGUCGGGGGUGGCCAGGGAUGGCCGGAAUCCCCCUGCUAGACAGCAGGGGAAGGCCAUGCAUCUUUCUCAGGAGUUCCAGCCUGCACAAGGGCAGUAGUUACCUGAAGUUUUUUGCCAGGAAGCGGGUGGCUCAGCAGCCCACCAUUCAACCAGACGGCUAGUCACCCCUUUGACAGCACUUCCUCUAGGCCAGGCCUGUCCUGGGCAGUUCACAAAUGUUGAAUCAACGUCAACUUCAAAGCCCUAUGAGGCAGGUACAACUACUACCCACAUUGUACAGAUGAGGAAGCUAAAGGCCCUGGAAGGCUCAGUAACCAGCCCAAGCUCAAACAGCCAGGAAGAGCUGGAACCAAGAAUGAAACCGGGCUGUCUGGCUCCAGAGCCAGUGUCACACCACCCAGACCUCCCAAGCAGUUCUUCCAGCAUACUCUCCCCUUCACAGGGCACCACCACCUACCCCACCCUUCCCUUCUCAGGUGGCACCCCUUUCUGAGCCUUCUUACCCCGUCAGCCCUGCCCUUGACCACAGACACCCCAGACUCUCAGAGCUGAAAGGGAUCAUGUUGCCCACAGAUGAGGAAACAGAGGUCCUGAGAGGUGUAUGACAUGCCCACGUCUCCCCCAAAUCAUAAAGGUAGUGGGGAGGGGAAAAAGAAGCAGGUGUAUUAAAAAUAGCCAGGAAUAUUUACGAAGCGUCGGUUCCAGACACGUUUCUGGCACUGGAGACCCAGCACUGACAAAACCCAGUCCCUGCCCUCGUGGUGAUCGCAGGCUGGGAGGAGGGUGACAUUUAGCAUGAAAACCAAGGAACAGGGUAAUUUCAAAUUUCAGUGGCAGGGGUUCUUGAGCAUACGGUAAACUGAAAGGCUUGAGGAGCUGGACUGAGAAGACCUCUCCAGGGAGAUGAACUUUGGUCCCGGGUGCUCACCUCGCUUUACAGGGUACUGUAUGGGUGAGGACAGGGACAGUACCGGGGCUCCCAAGUGCAUUCUCCCCACAGCCGGUAGAAGACAGGUGGGUAAUUUUAGUCCCAGAAGGAGGGUGGGUGUCUGGGGCAAGGAAAGAUUAGGUAACUACCCCCGCCCCGAGACUCCUGGCAGGAACUGAUUCCCAUGCCCUGUGAGAUAGGACCAGGCACGUUUGCUUCUACUGAAGAGACCCAGCCCCUCCCCGGAGCAGCGCGUCGUAACCUAUUGACCUAGGCAGGGGACGGGCUGCGCGGCCGGCCGGGUCUUCAGGGGCAGUAAAACAAGAUCGCUAUUGGUUCCCGCGGAGGGUGGGCGGGGCCUCCGUCUCCCGGGGACGCGCGCCACGGGGAGGCGUUGCCGAGGAAGGAGCGGGAAGGGGCGUGGCCGCGCGCAGGGGGCUGUGGCGGCGCGGCCCCGCCCCGGAUGUUGCGCGUCGCAGCCUGGGCGGAGGCGAUUGAUCGAAACUGCGUAGGGGGCGGGGCGGAAGGUUCUGGAGGGGGCUGGCGGGCUCUGGAAGCUUCCGCCGGGCGGGUAUAUAGACUCCGGGAGUGGGCGGCGGCGGAGCCGGGGGACGGCUACAGCUGGGCGGUGGGCCGUAGGCGCGGGCAAUGGGCAAGGACUAUUACCAGACGCUGGGCCUGGCCCGCGGUGCGUCGGAUGAGGAGAUCAAGAGGGCCUACCGUCGCCAGGCGCUGCGUUACCACCCGGACAAGAACAAGGAGCCCGGCGCCGAGGAGAAGUUCAAGGAGAUCGCCGAGGCCUACGACGUGCUCAGCGACCCGCGCAAGCGCGAGAUCUUCGACCGCUAUGGGGAGGAAGGUAGUGUGCGCGCGCGCGCGGCCGGGGGCGCGGCCCCGCCGUUUGACAGGCGGAGAAACCGAGGCACAGCGGCCACGCUGCGGCGUCCCGGGGCCUGGGGGGCGCUCCGGCCCCCGGGGGCGAGUAGCCCCCGCCGCCCUCUGGCCACAUGGGCCUUCGCUCUCGGAUAGGCGGCCGCCCGAUGGGAGGAGCAGCCCUGGCUGCGCUGCUCGCCCAGAAGCUUCUAGUAUGUCUGGGGCUGCCCCUCCCUGGGCGCCCGCCUCCGCCCACUGCCCCGAUCGGUCCGGGGGGUGCGGGUGCAGAAGGAGAGGGUUCGGAGGCCUAGCUUGAUUGGUGGCAUUGUGGC